AUGGCGCCUCAAGAAAAUCCCAACGCCCCACCAGCAGCAGCCACCGAUGCCGUCCUCGUUGUGUCUGAGGAGAUGCCAGAGGGCGCCCAAAAGGUCGAGGAGUUGGACUUUGAUGACCUCAAUGGCCCCAUCACAGCCGAGGAUCUAUUCAAAGGCAUGAGAUACAUGGGCUUCCAGGCCUCAUCUCUCAGCGAGUCCAUCCGCAUCAUCAACGACAUGAGGGCAUGGCGCGACCCAGAAACCGGCGACAAGACCACCAUCUUCCUCGGAUACACCUCCAACAUGAUAUCCUCUGGCAUGAGGGGAGUCUUUAGGUGGUUGGUCAAACACAGGCACAUCUCCGCUAUUGUAACAACCGCCGGAGGCAUCGAGGAGGACUUCAUCAAGUGCCUGGGCGACACUUACAUGUCCUCCUUCAGUGCCAACGGCGAGGACCUGCGUAAGAAGGGCCAGAACAGAAUCGGCAACCUCGUCGUCCCCAACUCCAACUACCGCGCCUUCGAGGACUGGGUCGUGCCCAUCUUUGACAAGAUGCUUGAGGAACAGGAGGCCAGCAAGGGCACCGAGGAGGAGAUCAACUGGACACCUUCCAAGAUGAUACACAGGCUGGGCAAGGAGAUUAAUGACGAGCGCUCCGUCUACUACUGGGCGUGGAAGAAUGACAUUCCCGUCUUCUGCCCAGCGCUCACGGACGGAAGCUUGGGAGACAUGCUGUACUUCCACACCUUCAAGACAUCGCCGAAGCAGCUCAAGUGUGAUAUUGUCGAAGAUAUCCGACGUAUCAACACCAUUUCCGUUCGUGCAAAGAGAGCAGGCAUGAUCGUUCUGGGUGGCGGUGUCAUCAAGCACCAUAUUGCGAACGCAUGCUUGAUGCGCAACGGAGCCGAGUCAGCUGUGUACAUCAACACUGGCCAGGAGUUCGACGGAAGCGAUGCCGGUGCCAGGCCAGAUGAGGCUGUCUCUUGGGGUAAAAUCAAGAUCGGAGCCGACGCCGUCAAGGUCUAUGCGGAUGCUACCCUGGUAUUCCCGUUCAUUGUUGCAAACACCUUUGCCAAAGAUCGCUCCUCAUAG